UCCCACAAACUCUCUUCUGUGUAAACGAAACUGAUCUGAGUCUCUCUGUCGUCUGCCUGUGUGAGAGUGAACAACCGUCCAAAUGGCUCAACAGGGAGAUCUGCUGGACCAGGACCAGUUCUGUUGUUCUGUCUGUCUGGAUCUACUGAAGGAGCCGGUCACCAUCCCCUGUGGACACAGUUACUGUAGGAGCUGUAUUGAGGGCUGCUGGGAUCAGGAUGUUCUGAAAGGGGUCUAUAGCUGUCCUCAGUGCAGAGAGACCUUCACUCCAAGGCCUAAUCUGAGGAAAAAUAACAUGUUGGCUGAGGUGGUGGAGAAACUGAGGAAGACAGGACUCCAGGCUGCUCCCCCUCCUGCUCUGUGCUAUGCUGGACCUGGAGAUGUGGCGUGUGAUGUCUGCACUGGGACCAGAAAGCAGAAAGCCCUCAUGUCCUGUCUGGUGUGUCUGGCCUCUUACUGUGAGACUCACCUCCAAUCUCACUAUGCAUCUCCUGCUUUGAAGAAGCACAAGCUGGUCAAAGCCACCGCACAACUACAGGAGAAGAUCUGCUCUCAUCAUGACAAACUGCUGGAGGUUUACUGUCGUACCGAUCAGCAGUGUAUCUGUUAUCUGUGUACAAUAGAUGAACAUAAAGGCCAUGAUACAGUGUCAGCUGCAGCAGAGAGGACUGAGAAACAGAGGCAGCUGGGGAUGAGUCAGCAGAAGGUCCAGCAGAGAUUCCAGGAGAGAGAGAAGGAGCUGAAAGAGCUCCAACAGACUGUGGAGUCUCUCAAGCGCUCUGCACAGUCAGCAGUGGAGGACAGUGAUCAGAUCUUUACUGAGCUGAUCCGCUCCAUUGAGAGAAGGAGCUCUGAGGUGAAGGAGCUGAUCAGAGCCCAAGAGAAGGCUCAAGUGAGUCAAGCUGAAGGACUCCUGGAGCAACUGAAGCAGGAGAUAGCUGAGCUGAGGAAGAGAAGCACUGAGCUGGAGCAGCUCUCACACACAGAGGAUCACAUCCAUUUCCUCCAGAGUUAUCAGUCUCUCUCCAGUAUCAGUGUAUCUUCAGACUUACCCAGCAUCGUUGUCCGUCCUCUUCAGUACUUUGGAGAUGUGAGUAAGACUGUGUCUGAACUGAGAGAGAAACUAGAAGACUUCCUUAAAGGAGAAUGGACCAAGAUCUCCACUACAGUGAAUAUAGUGGAUGUUGUACUGCCUCCAGAGCCCAAGACCAGAGAACAGUUGUUACAAUAUUCCUGUCAGCUCACACUGGACCCAAACACAGCACACACACACCUCUCUCUGUCUGAAGGGAACAGAAAGGUGACCUAUACAGACCAAGUCCAACCAUAUCCUGUCCAUCCAGACAGAUUCACCAACUGGUGUCAGGUUCUGUGUAGAGAGGGUCUGUCUGGACGCUGUUACUGGGAGGUGGAGUGGACUGGUGAUGUUGUUACAGCAGUCUCAUAUAAAGACAUCAGCAGAACAGAGAGAGGUAAUGAUGCUGGAUUUGGACUCAAUAACAAGUCCUGGAGUUUAGACUGCUCUAGAGGUGGUUAUUGGUUCAGUCACAGUAAUGUUGAGACUAAAGUAUCAGGCCCUCAGUCCUCCAGAGUAGGAGUGUACCUGGAUCACAAGGCAGGUACUCUGUCCUUCUACAGUGUCUCUGACACAAUGACCCUCCUCCACAGAGUCCAGACCACAUUCACUCAGCCCCUCUAUCCUGGGUUUUGGCUCGAUGGUUCUGCUGAGCUGGUUAAACUGUAAACUGAUUUGUUAUUAAUUAAAAUUCAAUACAAUGUUUUAAUCUUGUACAUUUCCAUGAAUCAUGAUGUCUGGUGUUGAUGUAUAUUGGUUGUCAUUCAGAACCAUUGAUAUGUUUUCUCAGUUGGUUCUCUGUCUCUAUGUAAUUCUCCUCAGUAUCAUUGAUCAGCUUGUUGGCUCGGUCCUAAUUGAUGUGUUCUCUGUCACCUGGAGCUGCAUGGAAAAUGGUCCAGGAACUAAAGGACAAUUCAGGACUAGUCAGCCCACUACAAGCUGGUAUCACUUACUUUCUACUAAACUAUAUGGUCUGGUUUCCCAGACACAGAUGAAUCCUAGUCCUGGACUAAACAGUAUGUUCAAUGUAGAUGUCCAGGAAACCGGCCCUAAAUGUGUCAUCUUUCAUCCUCCCAUACUGCUCAGUCCAGCAACAUUAAACCUGUCCAGCAGGUGGUGCUGUUGACCAAACAAUAAAACCAGCAGAUAUCUUGACUUGCCACUCAGUAUAUCAGUAAUGUUCAGAAUAGUACUUUAAUAUCAUUGGAGAUUGAUGGUCUUUUUAAUCCACUAUCCAGAGUCAGGAACAGAUGAAGUUAGGUCUGCUACUGUUCAGUGAUUAAAUAUGAUUUAUGGUGAUGGGAAAUAAUAAAAAACACUCAACUUCA